UAUCAAAUCGAAACGAAGCGCAUAUAAUACAAAUGGAACUUGGUAUUCGAAAUUAUGGAUACAAACCUCUGGAUUAUAGCGAUUUUUACGUGUUAUACUACAGCAUAUUUCCAAGAAUUAGCGGUCAUAGAGGGUCCACAAGACAUUGCUGUUUUAUCUGGACAGAAUGCCGAGUUGACUUGCCAUAUCUACGUUGAUAACUUGACGGAUACACAAGAUGUGCAAUGGAUAAGUUAUACCGAAAGAACAGAACCAGGUCACCAAAUAUCCUUUAAUAAACAAGUUAUUUCGCCUUUAUUGAACAAGUUCUCAAUAAGUACCCCAAAGCCAUACAACCUACUUAUACAGAAUGUCGGUAUAGAGGAUGCCGGGAGGUAUAUUUGUAAUGGUAUAUUCCGGGAAAUCAAUCGGUGGUAUAGAUCCUCACUUAGUAGUGCUAGGUAAGUUUAACUUGUUUUGCAAAUACAUACGAGAAAAUAAGACCGAGACUUUUACGUGGGUUAUUAGAUAUGCAGGAAACAGAGACGAUACCCAGAAACCCAUCAUCACUUGGACAUUAAAUGGUAUAAACCAAAUGGCAACAUCAGAUGAGACAACACCAGGGGUCCUCAAAUCCACAUUUACUAAGGUUGUAGGUAGCACCGAUAACAAGAAAGAACUUAACUGUUCCUUUCGUGUUCUGGGUGCCUUUGGGCACUGUUCAACUAGGUUAAAUAUAUCAUUGCCUCAAGACAUUGCGGUGUUAUCUGGACAAAAUGCUGAAUUGACCUGCCAUAUC